AUGGAUAUCCUUAAUCCAUCCAGAUGCAUCCAUUAUCUAUUUGGAUCGGAUGGAUUGGCAGAUAAUCCAAAUUUUUGGAUUUUGGAUCGCAUCUUUAUGGAUAACAUGCUUAUCAGAGACAACAAUGAUUCUUUUGAAGCUUUAGCCUAUAUGCUAACAGUUGUAUCUUACAUCUGUCUAGCUAACAAUGAAACUACUUUUAAUUUUACAUUAUUUUACUUGAUUUACUUUACAGAAGCGACUUGGCUUAUACAUGAACAACUCAAAACCUUAAAACUGAUAAAAAAUUUUUUUGAAAAUGAUGCACUAAGAGAAUAUGCUAUAGUUGUAUUAUCCAGACCUAAUAGUAGUCAAAUGGAUAAUCCAGAAAAAAUGAAAUUUUAUUUAAAUGAGAUCAAACGGCUUAUUGCUCUUAUACCGGGAGUCUAUGCUUCAGAAAAAGCUACAGAGAUUUGGCAACAAUACAUCGCUAAUGUGUGUCAAGUACAAGAAGAUAAAAAAGCAGCAAAAAAAGAAUACGAAGAAAAUUUACAAAAUGAAGGGAAGGCCACUGCUAACAAAAAAUAG